GCCUUGGCGGGCCUCGAGGCGGCGCUCCAGCAGCCCACGGCCACGGCGCCCAAGCCCGAGCUGCCCGACGAGGCCGUCCAGCGGGCAUGGGGAGCGGCGCGUCGUGCGACCAAGGCGCCCAACGAGGCCCUCGACGCCACCGAGGGGGCCCGCGCCUGGCUCGCCAAGUGCCAGGCCAAGGAGGACGAGCUUGCGGCGGAGUACGCGCUCGCCCUCGAGGAGCAGGCGAGGGCCAUCGCACACGCCAAGGGCUGCCUCAAAGGCGAACAGGCCACUCCAGCAUCGGUCUCGGUCAACCUAUCCUCCGUCCUCGAGGGGAGGGAGGGCCUCAACUUCGAGCUCGGGGUCGCCUUCGACCUCGACGGCAUCUCGCUCACGGAGCAGGAGCAGGCCGACUGGGAGAAAACGCUGGAGCAGUUCAAGCAGGACUUCACAAAGCAGGUGGAGGCGAUGUUCAAGCCCGCGGCUGAGGAGCUCGAGAAGCGGAGAGAGGGCCUCAAGAAGAUGCAGGAGGAGUUCCGCGCCAAGACCAAGAAGCGGCGGAUGGACUCUGAAGCUGCUCGGCCUGCUGGUGAACCUGACCCUCCUGGCGACGAACAGCGAGGCGCUGGGGGCGACGCAGCAGGACAUACCAGCGACGCGGCUCCUGGGACGCCCAGCCAGCCUGAGGCCGCCCCAGCCCCCAGACAGCCCCAGCUGUCGGCAGAGCGGCUCGCAGAGCUCAAGAAGGCCGCGAGGGAGCCGUUCACGUUCGACUCCGCCAACGGCUCAGGCUGGGGACCCCUCGCGACCAUAUGGGGCAGGCCUCAGGAGAUGGCUCAGGAGCUGGCCAGGGAGGCCCAUGCGGGUCAGUGCUGGUUGGCCCAGGAGACCCACCUACAAGAGGAGGAGGCAACCCGCGAGGAGCAGUGGCUGUGCAGGCAGGGCCUGCGGGAUGCCCUCACGCCUGGCACCAGCCACCUAGGCAGCCUGGACACGCAGCAGAGGAGGGCCGCCUCGGGCGGCACAGGAGGUGAGGUCUGGGCGGCGCGAGGCGCCGCUCAGCCCUUGCGAGGCGCCGCCGCUGGGACCAGAUCUAAGCGCGUCCACCCUGGGCGGCGCACCUGCCUCCACUUCGAGGGGCUCAAGCGAGGAGGAGGGCCGGCGGCCUGCGUCUACCUCGACAUCGACCGCCAGGGGCCUGCGUCAUGGGAGGUGCUGCGCACGCUGGGGCACGCGCUGAGAGCCUCGGGCAUGUCCUUCGUGAUCGGGAGGGACGUCAACGUGGAGCCCGCCCUCUCCGCGGACGCGGCGCGUUUCUGGUUGGAGGCGGGGAGAGGCCAGGUCAUAUGCAACGAAGAGGGCCUCGGCACCUGCCACGUCGCGGCCGACGCGCCGCCGCCCGAGCUCGACUACUUCAUCGCGGCCAUCAUGUUCGACGACUGCUCCCUGCGCCACACUGGCUCGGAAGCGCAGGUGGGCAUCAUGCUGGGCAAGGCGGCGUGCGCCGUCAUCAGGGGCCUGGAGCGGGGCAUAGGCGCGGUGGUCUCCAGGGACAAGAGCGAGAUCCUGGGGGCCACCGAGAGGUUGCACCGCCGCAGCGAGCGCCGCAUGGACGAGGGCUCCUUCGCGCAUGCCAAGGUGACCAGGAGCUUGGGAGUGUGCUACGCCAUGGGCGCCAGAGCCGGGGAGGUGGCUGCUGGCCGACGCCAAGCCGCCGCGGCCCAGCUCGGCCGUGCCCACCAGAGGCGACGGGCAAGGAAGGAAGCGGCAGUCAAGCUGGUCAAUGCUGGACUUAAGCCCGCUACGUCAUACGAUAUCUCUUGUUUAGCCUGGUCGUCAUCGGCGCUGGCGAGAUGGAGGUCCAAGCUCGCAGCCAUCGCCUUCGGCACGGGUCCUGGCAGGAGCAUCUGCCUCAGCUACCUGCUGGCCGCGAAGCCGUGGGACGACCCGCUCUUCGACCACAUCGCCAAGCCCAUGGAGGCGUGGGCGAGGGCGCUGCAGCAGGUCAAGGAGCAGGACAGGCGCGCCCUCGGCUCGGCCUCUGCGGCGGCGCGCGAGCGCCUCACCGCCAGCGGGCCAGAGGGCCUGGCGGGAAGGGGCCCAGCCUCCGCAGCGGCCCUUGCCGCGGCGCGCCUCGGCUGGAGAGCUGGCCACAUCAGGCGCUGGACGGACGACCUUGGGAGGAUCCUAGACCUGCGCGAGACCGACAGGCACGCGUUCCAACGCGAAGUACAGGCUGCCUUCAUCAGGAAGCACUGGAGGGACGUGGCGAGCCACGACCCGCUGCGGGGCCACCUGGAGGGCGGCGCGGCCAUCAACGGCCUGAGGAGGCGGUUGGCGAAGCAGCUCGCUGACCACGCCCUUGCUUCGCGGUGGCCCUCGGCCAGGCAAUGGGAGGCAGACGACCUCAACAUCAACUACUUCUACGACUCAGGCGGCCCGAUGGACUCGGUCGCGGAGCACGCCAUCUGGUCGCGGUGCCUGGUCAAGGAGUUGCUGGCGGCAGUGGAG